AUGAGCGUCAAAGUAACGGAAAUAAUCGGUGAACCAAAUGGAAAGUUCUACAUAAAACAAGAUUUCUAUCUGUAUUUUAUUUUAUUAAUUAGGUUCAAGGCUUACUGUAUUUUGGAGAAUGUCGGAAAAUGUUCUUCCGUGUAUAUUGCGUUCGAACCUGGUAACUGUGCAACAGCCAGCAACGUGAUAUUUGGCAUUUUUGAGGAAGCGGUCGAGAACAAAUUCAGCGAAUGCAUCGAUCGAGCAGAUUGCUUGGUGCAUUUAGGCAAGGGCCGCUCACUUGCUGCUCUGCUUUGCGACACUUCUGCUUCUUAA